AUUAUUGCAAUAGUUUAGCUAGCUAGCAGGGUCAGGAGUGAUCUUUUAAGCUGUAACAAUAACAACAUUAAUGCUAGUGGUAUAAUGUUGAUUAGUCGUAUGUUAAUGCUAUUUGUAUUAUGGAUAAAAUCAAAUUUAAAUGGCAAUAUUACUUUUGAUUAGAUAUGAAUACAGGUAACAGUAUGUCAGUGAGUACAGCCAUAUUUUAUGGCAAGGUAAAGAAGAAAAGGACAGAACUGGCUCUUCCUGCAGAUGAAAGUGAGGAUGAGAUAGGAUUUAGUGACCAUGAGAAUGAUGUGGAUUGGACAGUUGAUGAAAGCAGUGAUGGAGACAUUUCAGAUGAAGAGCUGCAGUUUGAGGCUGAAGAGGGAAUCGUGCCAACAACAGAAGAGAGAGAUCAAGAAGAAGUUAGAGCUGCCCUGUGCCCACCCUUCCAUAAGACGAAGAACCUGAAAUGGAGGAAAAAGAGGAGCACUGCUGCUGUUCCGGAAUGGAAGGGCAGCCUCCCUCAUGCUGGCAAUGUAAAGGAGCCCAUUGAAUACUUCAGGUGUCUUCUGAGCAGAAACAUCAUUGAAGAGAUGGUGUUCCAGAGCAAUCUCUACGCCAUCCAGUGUGACCCAACCAUGCCCUUGAAUGUCACAUUUGAAGAGAUGGAGCAGUUCCUGGGCAUAUGCUUUCACAUGUCUGUACAUGGCCUGCCACACACCCGAAUGUUUUGGAGCACAAAGACAAGAGUGGAUUGUGUGGCUGACACAAUGUCAAUGAAAAGAUGGGAGGCUAUCAAACGCUUUCUACACUUUGCCAACAACGACGAACAGGUGCCUGCUGGACAUCCAGGUUAUGACAAGCUGUUCAAAGUGAGGCCACUCCUAACAGCUUUACAGGAGAGUUUUAAUCACAUCCCAAUGGAUGAGCACCUGUGUGUUGAUGAGCAGAUUAUACCAUUCAAAGGUAAAAGCCAGCUGAAGCAGUACAUUCCAAUGAAGCCUAAGCGCUGGGGCUAUAAGAUCUUCGUGCUGUGUGAUGGGAAUGGCAUAGCCUACAAUUUUGAUUUCUACACUGGUCCAAUCGCUGCAGUGGAGGGCUUUCCAGACCUGGGGGCCAGCGGAAAUAUUGUUUUGAAGUUGGCCUCAAUUGUGCCGAUGUAUAUGUCCCACAGAAUGUUUUAUGACAACUGGUUUUGUAGUGUUGAUCUUCAGGUGCAGCUUGAGAAAGCAGGGAUCCACAGUGUGGGAACUGUAAGACAAAAUCGUCUUGCUGGAUGCACCUUCACAGAGGACAAGGUUAUGAAGACCUACAGACGUGGAACAUAUGAAGAAAAAGAGACCACACAUGACGGUACAGCACUAACAGCAGUGAAAUGGUUCGACAACCGCCCAGUUAUCCUCCUAAGCACAUUUGCAGCAGCCACUCCAACCUCAACUGUGAAGCGGUGGGACAAGAAGAAGAAGGAGGUCAUUACAGUGACGCGUCCAAAUAUCAUUCAACUCUACAACGAAAGCAUGGGUGGGGUGGAUCUCUUGGAUUCUCUCAUUGCUCUGUACCGCACCAAAAUCCGCUCAAAGAAGUGGUACCACCGCAUUGUGUUCCAUAUGAUGGACAUGACCGUGGUGGAAAGCUGGCUGCUCUACCGGAGAGACUGCAAGGAUGUGGGGCUCACACAAAAUGCACAACUCAGUCUGCUUGACUUUAAAAUUGACAUUGCACACUGCCUUUGCAAAGAAAACAAGGGUGGGCUGAAGCGCAAAGGUAGGCCCUCGCAGAGCACUGAAUCAGCUCUGGAUGGGAAAAAACACCGGAGACCUGCCUUCCCAUUGCCACCGCAGCCAGUACGACUAGACCAGACCAACCAUUGGCCUACCAUGGUGUCUCAGAAAGGCAGAUGCAAGUAUCCUGGCUGUAAGGGUAUUGUUAGGGUGAAGUGCACCAAAUGUGAGGUGUACCUGUGCCUCACCUCUGAAAAAAAAUGCUUCGUGAAUUUUCAUUCAUAA